UUUGGUACGUUUAUUUGUUACAAGCAAAAAAUAAAAAGACCUAAUAAAUUUUAGUGAAUGAUUAAAUAUAUAAAGGUGUAAUUAUAAUGUUUCUUAUAACUGUUAUUUUAUAAUUAAAAAUGUCCGAUUUAGUUUCAAAAUGUGUUUUACGACUAGAAGUCGAAGAAAAGUCCACAAACAAUACUGAAAACAAUGAAGCAGAAGAAAUUGAAGAAAAUGCAGCAGCUAAGAACAAUUCAACAGUUAAAAGAAAGAAAAAAGAGAUUAGUGUCGAGACAUUUCCCAGUAGGUUAGAGAAGCCCCAGGAAGACUGGGGUCUUUUGCCAGUCUAUUCCAGAGAAGCAACUCCACUACAAGAAAAGGAACAUACUCCAGAAGAUCCCAAUGAAAUUGGCUUUUUUAGUGGAAAUCCUUUUGUUGAAGUCACCAAAGGAAUUCUACACCUUUAUAAAGAAGAUGUUUUAAGUAGUUCUGAAGAAGCUUUAACGCUUUGUUUGUUGGGUGUUCCUACUUCAAUGACUUGCCAUGAUCUUUUGGCCUUCACUGCCCCCUGUCACGCAGAAAUCGCGCAUAUAAGAGUCCUCCGCGACUCCACACCAAAUCAGUACAUGGCAUUAUUAACUUUUCGUAAUCAUGAUGCAGCCAAUGAGUUCUACGAAACUUUUAAUGGCGCGCCGUUUAACAGCUUGGAACCGGAUAGUAUCUGUAGGGCUGUUUGGGUGUCAAGGGUGGAAUGGGCUCACGACGACCUGCCUCCUCCUCCUGGGCACACUGAGUUACCCACUUGUCCUGUUUGUUUAGAGCGCAUGGACGAGUCAGUUGAUGGUGUUUUGACCAUUCUCUGUAAUCAUUCAUUUCAUACCGGUUGCUUGGAUCAGUGGAGUGACUCCACAUGUCCUGUGUGUCGUUUCGUACAGUCUCCGGAACAAGCAGAGACUUCCGAGUGUGAACAGUGUGGCAGAAGUGGUCCUUCUCCUGAUUCUCUCUGGAUUUGUCUUAUUUGUGGACACAUAGGCUGUGGCAGGUAUCAGGGAGGACAUGCUGCCUCACAUUAUCGAGAGUCGGGUCACUGUUACGCUUUACAGUUAGGGUCGCACAGAGUCUGGGAUUAUAAGGGUAAUUUAUUCUAG